AAUUUCACUACGCAUGGAGCCAUGUGAGAGUUAUGAAAGUUGCAACCAGAUUAUUUAACUGCCGCACUGUCUGGGAGACAGAUGAAUAUACGUACAGAGCCUUACUUCAAGUGAUCUCAUUAUAAGGUGACAUGUUUGGCGUAGUGGUCGUGGGCAUUGGGAUUGCGGGCCGGGUGAGAAUCCGUGACCUGCUGGCUCCACUGCCCUCCAGCGCGGCAGAGAAGAUGAGCGUGAAGGGAUUUGUCUCCAGGAGAACCCUGGGGGAGGAACAGGGCGUGAAGCAGAUCUCACUGGAGGAGGCAGCGGAAAGAGAGGACAUCCAGGUGGCCAUGGUGUGCACAGAGAACACGUCCCACGAGGAUCACAUCAGGAGGUUUCUGGAGGCAGGGAAGCACGUGUCUGUGGAGUACCCCAUGACCAUUAACUACAAAGCCGCAGCUGAACUCCAUGACCUCGCCCAGCAGAAAGGUUUGAUCCUGCACGAGGAGCAUAUUGAGCUGUUCACUCCGGACUUUAAGCAGCUGAAGAAGGACGUGGCUGGGAAGACACUGGAGGAGGGUUUUCUACACUUCACAGGGGGUCCUCUGAAGGCCGACUUUGGCUUCCCUGCCUUCAGCGGCAUCUCCCGCCUCACCUGGCUGGUGGACCUGUUUGGCGAGCUGAGCGUCAGCUCCGCCACCAUGGUGGAGGACAAGGAGAAGAACUACAUGAAGAUGACCGCGCAGCUACAGACCCAGGAGCAAAAGUCCAUCACCUGGGUCGAGGAGCGUGGGCCGAACCUCCCGCGGGCGAAGAGCAUCAACUUCCGCUUUGACUCGUGUUCCAUGACAGAGCUCCCGAACGCCCCCAGGGAGCCUGUGGGCCUCUUCAUGCAGGACAUGGUGCUCUUCGGCCAGAAGCUCUCUGGCCAGCUGCCCCCUGACCAGCUCCAGGCCGAGCAGAAACGGGUCCUCCACUGCCUACAGCUGGCAGACACCAUCCAGAGGCUCAGCCAGGCCAGGGCUUGAGGGAGACGCCCCUCACAGGGGUGCAGGGCGAGACCACACCACACUGGGCUGGGGAGAGCCAACCAACCUCGCCUGCAUGUUGGCUAAACAAACGCCUCACCCCCACUCCUGUGCAUUGUGGGAAAUUGUGCAUUGUCCAUUGUGGACAUUCUCUCCAUGUAACUUGUGCAGGGGGGAAAAGAGGGGAAACUAACAUGAAGAUUUAAUCAAUGUUAUGCUAACAUACUCUUUCAUGACCUUAAAAGUUAGACUAACCAUGAGACUAUAAUUCCUAACAUCAUACUAACAAGUACAUUCGUUGAAAGUGUCAUGCUUUAAUAUUUAAUAUUCAAUAUGUGACUGGUGGAUGAUUUUUUUUUUAUUGUAUUUAUUUUGUAACAAAACACAAAAUGAGACAUUUCUGUGUGAAUACGAUGACUACGUCUAUAUCAUUAUAAAUCAAGAUGUUCAAUUUGUUUGAAGAUGCCACCAUGUUAAUGCAGGUGCCACCCACUCUCUUUAGCAGUUUGAUGUUUAACUAGAGAAGCUUCAGGUCAGACAUCCUAAACACACAAUACAUGGAGAUAUGGAUGCCCAUGGGCUCUAAACACAAUGUGCAGUGUAGACCAUUUUGUCAUAAUUUAUCUCAUUUACUUGUUUUAAACGUUGCUUCUUUCUGUUACAGGUCAAGUGUUUUUUUUGUUUUUUUAAGGGGGUGGACGUUACUCAAAGCCCCUAUUCACAAAGACUCUUACGAUAGAAGUAGCUCCUGACAGGAAGAUGUAAGAGAUUCUCCAAAAAAUCAUGGGCGUGUCAGACUUAAUUUAAGGACUUUUUUUUAAAUCAGCAAAUUACUCCUUACAGUCCUUAGUUGUCCUUUCAGUGCUUGUGCUAAAACAACUCUAUUACUUGCAGACAGGCCAGAGGCGGGUAUACUAUGAAACUAAAGCCUGAGAUGCGUUCAAAUUCAGCAAGCAGAUGUAACAGUUCAUGUCCAUUGCCUUGUACUGUAGCUUGCCAUUUUGUUUACAGUUUAAAGUGAACAAUUGCCCAUAUGCCACGCACUUCCUUUUCAGCCAGCACAAACAUUUCCCAUUGACCAUCACCUGUAUUGUUUUAGCAUACAUGUUUACAUGGACCCGGUUGGGUAUUAAACCUAGUGAAUGAGCAUGUUAAAAUGGGAUUGAAGUUGAAUAAAGAGUUGCACUGUUGGUCAUAAACAAGAUGUUUAGUGUUGAACUGAACACGAAAGGAGCAAAAUAUAACAGAAGAUGCUGUUGCUGACGCUUUACCGGAAAUAAAUGUGCUGGCUGAAACAGCCUUUCAUUGCAUAUAGUCCAUUGACCAUUUUUACACAAUAACGUUCAGAUGUAAAAGUUCAAAGAAAGUCCAUCAGGAAUGUUUGCCUUCAGGCAUAAAGCUCAACAUAUUACUAACUAAUCUCACUUCGUAGUAUAUCCAUGAGGCUCUGAAAAUGAGAAACAAAUAGUGACCUCGACCAAGCCAUUAAUAAGUUAAGCCAAUCAACUACAGUAGCAUGGACUAAAGGGAUGUAAUUUGAUUGGCUGUUGAGCUGAAAUAGCAACCUUCUACAAAACUGAAUUGCAGACUAAUGAAUCUGUGCCUUAUCAGAAAGCUCUAAGCCUAGCAUAUAUUCUUCAGACUAGCUGUGUGAAUUUCCACUGUGUAAUUCAGGAAGUGGUCAGCGGUCAUCAUUUCCGUGUUCUGGGACAGUACACACACGUUGACAGAACAUUCAGCUCAUGCUGCGAAUCCUGUACUGUCCAUACAGUGCUUAGCAGCUGUAUGGGACACAGGUUUAAAUACACAUCCAUAAUUCUUUUGAAACGUUUAAAAACACUGCACAACUUUGAAAGGGAGUUAUUUUGAGUUCUUUGAGUGAGUUAUUGUUUACUAAGGAUGUAACCUCAUUGUGCACACUGGGAUUAGACUUUUUUCUGUAUCAUGUUUAAAUAGGUGUUCAUUUUGUAUCCAUGUAAACAAUAAAUAGUGCCUGCAUUA